AUGCCUGCUUGCAUUUGUACACUUGUGCAUACACCUACACCCUUACGGCCACACGAGCACCUACAGCAGACACUUCUGUUCGUCGCCGAGAGAGAAAGUGAGCCGGCGACGCCCUCGCCCGUCUGGCUGCCUCCUGCGACGCCCGUAUUUAUUGCAGGGGACCCGACGGGGCCGAGGGCGCUGCCAACUGCUCCGGCCGCCGUAUCUCAGGCCACGAGCGCCGGGGCCCAGCGUCGAUCUGGCGGGGAAGCCGAGCAGACCUCGCUCGCUGCCUCUCGCGCUCGUCUUGCUCAGAGGGCGCUGUCGCUAUUAUCCAAUGAUCGUUCUAAAAGAACCAGUUUGGUGGCACGAGAUAUCCUUCAGAGAAUAAUAAGUACCAAAGAGGCUCUUUUGGUAGUCGAAGUCGCCGGCGAGAGUUUCGGACAACGCGCGUCUAUACCCUUGACCGAGAGAGAAAUUUUCGUGGCCUCGAAAACGAAACAAAUACAAAACAACAAGAACAGCAAGUACAGAAAGCAAGUACAGAAAGCAGACAACAAAUACAAAAACAACAAGAACAGCAAGUACAGAAAGCAGACGAACAAAUUACACAACAAGAACAGCACAAGAAAGCAGACGAACCAAAUACAAAAACAGAACAGCAAGUACAGAAAGCAGACGAAACAAAAUACAAAACAACAAGAACAGCAAGUACAGAAAAGCAGACCAACCAAAUACAAAACAACAAGAACAGCAAGUACAGAAAGCAGAACGAACAAAGUACAGAAAGCAGACGAACCAAAUACAAAAAACAAGAACAGCAAGUACAGAAAGCAGACGAACCAAAUACAAAACAACAGAACAGCAGUACAGAAAGCAGAGACAGCAAGCAGAAACGAAAAAUACAAAACAACAAGAACAGCAGUACAGAAAGCCGAACAAAUACCAAAACAACAGAACAGCAAGUACAGUAGUACAGAAAAAAAUACAAUACAGAAAGCAGACGAACCAAAUACAACAACAGAACAGCAAGUACAGAAGCAACGAACAGAACAGCAAGUACAGAAAGCAGACGAACAAUACAAACACCAAGAACAGCAAGUACAGAAAGCAGACGAACAAAUACAAAACAACAAGAACAGCAAGUACAGAAAGCAGACGAACAAAUACAAAACACAAGAACAGCAAGUACAGAAAGCAGACGAAACAAAAUACAAAAACAAGAACAGCAAGUACAGAAAGCAGACGAAACCAGAUACAAAACACAAGAACAGCAAGUACAGAAUACAAACAUACAGAAACAACAAAACAAACAAGAACAGUACAGAAAGCAGACAACAAAUACAAAACAACAAGAACAGCAAACAGAAAGCAGACGAAACAAAUACAAAACACAAGAACAGCAAGUACAGAAAGCAGACGAAACAAAUAAAAACAACAAGACACAAGAACAGAAGUACAAACAACCAAGAACAGCAACGUGCGAAGGUGUCAAGACAAGAAUAUCAGGUUAUGUCAACGGGGGUCCGGUCCAGUAAGUGUGUCAAGGGAGCGUACUGCCGUGUCAUGAGGAUGCGAUGGACACAAAACAUUCAUUUGCAAUCACAUGACAGUUCCAAGGACGCAAAACUUAACUCAUACAUGGCGCAUAAAACGGCACUCACGAAGGACCAGAAAUGCACUAUACUAGAUGAAUUACUCUUGCAUAUUACGCUCCUGGUGCGAAAUGUCCUUUUCCCGGGCUUGCUUCAAGAACCAGGACCAGGAAAAACAAGGAAUUAUGAGGUGAAAGGAAGGCCACGGUCCGGAAUUAUGUACCAAGUAGUUGUGCAUGUGUAG